AUCUCUUCUAUCAAUCAAUAUUUAUAGAGUAAAGAUCCGGUUUAAUCUCUCACAAUUUUUCCACAAUCACUUACAAAAAAAAUAAUAUCCAAAUUAAUCUCUCAUAUCAAGAGAUUAAAUUGUGUGACGAGAAAAUUGAGAAGGACCAAACUCGUAUAUAUAUUUCUCUACACUUAAAACCAGUUUAUCCGUUUGGACAAGUGAAGGUACUGAAUGAGAGUUAAUGGAGCAUUGAGCUUAAGCAGAUAAGAGAAGGUGAAAAACAAUUUGAGAGAAUGAAGAGAAUCUAUCUGAAUUGUGGACAAUUGGGUCUCACCCCUCCUACUUCUACUACACCCCAUAGCUCUACACAUUCAUGUAAUAAGCGUCCUUCACGGUUCAUGAUAUUUGCUUCUUCAUGGCUUCCAAAUUAUGCUUCUCUUAACAACACCUUCAUUGCUUCUGCUUCCUCUUCCCUCGGUGGUUCAGAGCAGUUAUUGGAUGUGGGAUCAAAGAAGAAAAGGAAAGAGAUAGCUGGAAUAGAUCAGGAUGAAUUAGUGGAUCCAAAGCUAUUAGCUGAACCAGAUAGUUGUUUUUGUGAGUUCAAAGGUGUGCAUAUUCACCACAAGAUAUAUGAAUAUGAUGCUGAAUCCAAUUCCCAAACACAAAUCAACAAGCUGUGUUUGCCUAUGAUUCUGUUACAUGGAUUCGGAGCCUCAGUUUUCUCUUGGAAACAAGUUAUGAAGCCAUUGGCUGAGGCUACGUGUUCAAAAGUUUUAGCUUUUGAUAGGCCAGCGUUUGGAUUGACAUCGAGGGUAAACUUAACUUCUGGAAAUGGAGACACAAAACCUCUAAAUGCAUACUCCAUGGCAUUUUCAGUGCUUGCUACCUUGCAUUUCUUUGAUUUAUUAAAAGCUGAGAAGGCAAUUUUAGUGGGGCACUCAGCUGGUUCACUUGUAGCAGUUAACACGUAUUUCGAAGCUCCUGAACGGGUUGCUGCUAUAAUCCUAAUUGCCCCGGCAAUUUUUGCUCCGCUUACUGCACCCAGUUUUUUUAAGGAAUCAGGAGAAGAUAACCAAAGGAAAGAAGACAACAGUUCAGUCACACGAAAUCCAAUUGUUGGACUUUACAAGUUGCUGUCCAAGAUUAUCAAGUACAUUGCAAAGGCAAUAACAGAGAUGAUGAAGCCGAUGAUAAAUAUACUCAACUCUCUAUAUAAGAAGCUGUUAUCAUCUAUUCUGCGUUCUUCCCCUGCGAUAAUGCUGGUAAGAAUGGCAAUUGAUAAGUUUGGGGCUGCUGCAGUUCGAAAUUCGUGGUAUGAUCCAAAACAGGUCUCUGAGCAUGUACUUAGUGGUUAUACAAAGCCAUUGAGGGUUAAGGAUUGGGAUAGGGCACUGGUGGAAUUCACUGCUGCAAUGCUUCUGGACGAAGAAUCUAAUACAAAGCCAGAACUUUCUAAACGACUUAAUGAAAUAUCUUGUCCUGUUCUGAUUGUAACCGGUGAUAGUGAUCGACUAGUUCCUUCAUGGAAUGCUGAGAGACUUUCAAGAGUCAUACCAGGAGCAUCAUUUGAAGUAAUUAAGCAAUGUGGCCAUUUGCCACAUGAAGAAAAGAUGGAGGAGUUUCUUUCAAUUGUUGAAAACUUUCUAAGGAGACUAGCGGGUGAUUCAAACAAACAAGAUCUACAACCCGUAACAUGAACUUUGUACAAGUCAGCCUUCCCAUUUUACUUCACAGAAAAUCCAUCCAUAUAAUACAGGAAGACACUAAUACAAUUGAUCAGAUGGAUUAAGAUCAUUUAAAGCUUUAUUGAUACAUAAUCAUUAAAUUCAUCAGGCAUGAAGAGACCAGAAAAUGGGAAGAUUGGAAGUGGAAAAGUGCCUAUAAACAACAAAAUAAAUUAUAUAUUACGUUACAUUACAGUGCUAGCCUUCUAUAGUCCUUGAAGAUAUCUUCGUUAUGUUAACCUGCCCGGAUGAUCUGUAACUCCAUUUAUAGCAUAGGCCGUGGGUCUAUAUCAUAGAGGUAUCAGAUGUAACUAGACAGCAAACUCUAAAUUAUGUAUUCAAUUUCUGGAAAUGGAUAGCUGCAGGGAGUGAGGUUGAUUAUCCAGUCAUUCAAUUUAUUGAGUUGAAGUAUUUACGAUAUAUACAAUAUACAACAAAAUAUAUUUAA